UCUUUUUGAAUAAUUUAUUACUAUUGUUGAAAAGUUACUUGCUCACCACAAACCCUUUUUUUGUCUUUAAUUGCUUCACUCGUUUUCUUCAUUCAUUUUCUUCUUUGUUUUCUUCUACCAUUCCCUUUCACUCUUCCUCAGUUAUGGUACAAUUUUUUCUCAUCAUGUUCUUCAUUUCUUCAUUCUUGGAUUGAUUCCAUCAAAAAGAUUCAAUCUUGGCUUCUGGGUGUGUCAAAUUUUCUUCAGAUUUUUAUCAGAUAAGUAGCAAAGUUUGGAGCUUUUUUUUCUUCUGUUUUGACUUUUGUUGUUGUGAAAUUUUGUUGAAGAUUUGUACUUUUUGUUUUGAGCAUUUGGGUUGUUCCAACUUUUUGUUUGUUAGUUUGUGAUAUUGGUGUUUGGAAAUUGGGUUUUGGAGAAGAAAAAAAAAUUGGGUUUUGGAGAAAUGUUUGAAUUUGAUUUUGGGAUUGUUUUUAUUUGAAGAUCUAAAUAGGUGGAAUUGAAAAAGGUGUUGGAAGAUUGAAUUGAGAUGGGUUUUGUUUGAUUUUGAUUUUAGUGUGUUGGUUUGGUGAAAAUCAUAUGAAAAUGUGUGUAAAAUUGGUUGGAGAUUGAAUAAUGGGUUUAUUAGUUUGAUUUGAUUUGGUUUUUGCUGUUAUUGAGAAGAAAUGGAAGGAAAUUUAGCUCAAGGAGGUAUAAUUCAAGGUGUUGGUGGUGGUGGUUCUUUUGGUGGUUUUGAUUUGCCGGGAUCGAUGCGAGUUAAUCGUCCAGCGCAACAUACAAUGAAUCAACAUCAAGCUCAUCCAUGUCAAGGGUCGUCGGUGCAUUCGUCAAUUCAUGAUGGUUUUCCUCUAACAAUGGGGACGUUGCAGAACUGUGAUCAGACAAUGUCGAUUAAUGAGUUUGGUCAGGGAGAUAGAAACAAACAUUCGGGGAGUGAGGAAGACGAGCCUGAGGAAGGUGGUGAUGGUCAUCAUCAAGAAGGCUGUAGAGGGAAAAAGGGGACGCCUUGGCAGCGUGUAAAAUGGACUGAUAAGAUGGUGAGGCUUUUGAUAACGGCGGUGUCUUAUAUUGGCGAGGACGGGAGUUCUGAAGGUGGAGGUGGAGGAAGGAAGAAAUUUGCGGUGUUGCAGAAAAAGGGUAAGUGGAAAUCUAUUUCUAAGGUUAUGGCUGAAAGAGGUUAUCGUGUUUCGCCUCAGCAAUGUGAGGAUAAAUUCAAUGAUCUUAAUAAAAGAUACAAAAAGCUUAACGAUAUGCUUGGAAGGGGAACUUCUUGUCAGGUUGUUGAAAAUCCGGCUUUGUUGGAUGUAAUAGAUUUUCUUAACGAGAAAGAAAAGGACGAUGUUAGAAAAAUAUUAAACUCGAAACAUCUUUUCUAUGAAGAGAUGUGUUCUUACCAUAAUUGUAAUAGAUUGCAUUUGCCGCACGAUCCUGCAUUGCAACGUUCCCUGCAGAUAGCUCUCCGAAAUAGAGAUGAUCAUGAUAACGAUGAUGUGAGAAGGUCCUAUCAUGAUGAUCAUGACGAAGAUGAUCAUGAUAUGGAAACUGACGAUCAUGAUGAGUUCGAAGAGAAUUUUGCUUCCCAUGGUGAUAGUCGAGGAAUAUUUGGAGGAUUGGGAGGAACUUCAAAAAGACUAAGACAAGGCCAAGGACACGAAGAUGCUACUACUUUCGGGAAUUCUAUAAAUUGUCAGGAGUACCAUAAAAGUUCGCAUCCUCAUGGACAAACAGUCCAAACAGACGGAAAUCAAGCUUUACCUGAAAACAUGAGAGCAGCUUGGUUACAGAAGCAAUGGUUGGAUUCUCGCUCAGUUCAGUUAGAAGAACAGAAGCUACAAAUUCAGGUUGAGAUGCUGGAAUUAGAGAAACAAAGAUUGAAGUGGGAGAGGUUUAGCAAGAAACAAGACCGGGAGUUGGAGAAGUUCAAGCUGGAGAACGAUAGAAUGAAGAUUGAGAAUGAACGUAUUGCUUUAGAACUAAAGCGAAAGGAGAUCGGCGGCACUAGCUUUAACUAGGUUUGCUGUUUUGCAAAUUACAAGCUUUUGUCAAUGGCAUUACAUGUAUGGUGCUCUUUAUAUUUUAUUUUAAAAAGUUUAUUAUUUUUCUAAUGUCUAUGGUAUGCUGUGGUAUAUUUAGCUGAAACUAUACAGUUUUGAUGGGGUAACUAAGGAGAGAAUUAAGACCCCCUAGUGAUGUUUAGAUUUUGGUGCAUAGAUAUUUUGAUUAGGCUUUUACUGAAUUUGUGUUGCCUGUAUUUAAUGAAUGGUUCGCUGAAACUUUAAGCUUUCAUUUUGGAAUAUCAAGUUUUGAAUGUUA